GCCUGUCAGUACACGCUCAACUGCUCGGCGAGACAGCAAGACCAAACAAGCCUUUGGAGCUGCUGUCAUUUGAUUGUAUUCGUUCGAUCCAUUCUACCUUUGCAAGCCUUUGGUGGCAGGGAUUUCCUCACGCUUUCCUUUUGAACUUGGGAAUUUGGAGCGAUGAUGUUCAACGUUUUCAAGCCGGAGUGCGACUCCUCCUCCCGGUGCAGCACCGCGUCCCCGGCCGCUGACAGCAACAGCAACGUCGGCUACUACCAAGCGUCCCCAGCCGGAUCCUACUCCAGCAUGGGCUCGCCACAAUCUCAGGAUUACACCGAGCUGACCACCUUGAGUGCCUCGUUCGUCCCCACGGUGACGGCCAUCUCCAGCAGCCCUGACCUGCAGUGGAUGGUGCAGCCGCUCAUCUCCUCGGUGGCCCCCUCGCACAGGGGACACUCCUCCACCUCCAGGCCCAGCCCGGCCUACCCCAGGGGGGCGGUGAAGGUGUCGGCAUCCCGCCCUCACAGCACCACCAAGAGAGGCAGGAUGGAAGAGAUUUCAGCCGAGGAGGAAGCAAAAAGAAAGAUUCGCCGGGAGAGAAACAAGCAGGCGGCCGCCAAAUGCCGCAACAGGAGGCAGGAGCUUACCGACACGCUCCAAGCUGAAACGGAUCAGUUGGAGGACGAGAAGUCUAGCAUUCAGAACGACAUUGCCAACCUCCUCAAGGAGAAGGAACGUCUGGAGUUCAUCCUGGCCGCCCACCGGCCCUUCUGCAAAGUUCCCGCCGAGCUGGACUCUGACUUCCCUCGGGCAUCGGUCUCGCCGGCCCGCUCGUGCGUCUCCGCCGAGCCCCCCGCCGUCUCCAACUCGCUCUUCUCCGGCCUGUCUGCCGGCACCGCCGCAUCCGGCGGCGCGAUCAAACUGAGCGACCUGGACGCUUCGGUACUGGACGAGUCCCUGGACCUGCUGAGCAAGACGGAGGUGGAGCGCUCGGUCCCCGAGGUGGACCUGUCCGGUGGCGCUCAGGACUGGGAGCAGCUGCACCCGUCGGUGACCAGCGGUGACUUUGAGCUGCCGCUGUGCACGCCGGUGGUCACCUGCACGCCGACCGGCACCACCUUCACGUCCUCCUUCAUGUUCACCUUCCCCGAGGCUGACUCCUUCCCUGGCUGCGGAGCGGCCCACAGGCGGGGGAGCAGCGGCAACGAGCAGUCGUCCGACUCGCUCAACUCGCCCACACUGCUGGCCCUUUAAGACCUCUGGAGACUCUUGGGAGUUACGGCGACUCAGAAGCCCCUCUGUCCCUACUUGACUUCCAAAAGAGCACAUGGUCUCUCUCCAUCACAGAGCUACGGACAAUUAUUUAUGCUAUGACUUGCCUUUUUACAUGUAGCAUGUUUCACUACCACCAAGUAACCUACAAAUUCUUGUACGAUCUGUUUUCUAAUGGUGCUGCAUAACCGAGAGUCGUCUCUGUCUUCGUUGUCGUCGUAGUGUUUCCUGUCCGAGGAGCAAUAGUAAAAAAAAA